CACAAGCACAAAGCAAGACAACAGCUGCUGCUGCUGUCUUACCCAGCACCAUCCACCUCGCCUUUGUUGACUUUCAGCCUGCACACUCACACGCCCGCACGCCUCCGAUCCGACGUCAAGCUCGUUUGACUUCUUGGUGCCUUCUUGUUCGUUCAUCUCAACGAGGCGUUUCUCUCGGCACGGCACGUGUUUCUGAGCGUUUGCUGUGGUCGACGACCGCCCCAGGCGAGCAGCUCCACCUUCCGCUGGCACAGGCACCAUCCAUCACUCGCGCAGGCACCUGUCUCCGUGAUCAAUCCAGCCCAGUUCACUUGAUCGACAAAGGGCAUCCACACUAACGUGCACGCGCACAGAAGUGCUGAGCACACUGUCGACAGCACAUCCUCCUCGACAACACAUGCGCAGCAGCAGGCCUGGUCAGUCGUAGGACCCUCAAGCACAAUCGCCGCUGCCGAGCACCUGAGCUGAGCGCGUGUCGACAAGCUUUUUCCACAGUUGCUGUGACCCUUGUUGUUGUUGUUGCUGUUGUUGUUGUUGCUUCUGUGAGUUGUGUCACUUGGCCGUGCCACCAUGGCCAACGUGUCGAGAGGCUCGCCGGCUCGACGCGAUAAGGAGCGUGGCUCAUCCUUCUGGAGGUUUUUCCACAUCGACAAACCUCACUUGGAGAUAUCAGAGGCGACUUUCGCAGAUGUGGUGACCAGGCCGCUGCCGACGUUGCCGACACACGAAAGCACAACGCACCUUGAUCCCCGCAAGCACAGUCACGCCUCCACAACCGCGUUUCCGUUCAGCCCCGGGUCCCGGCCAACAACGGCGUCGAGCGAUGCGCCACCCCAAUCCCGCGCGCGCCCCACCGCUGGUGCUGCUCGUGGCGUGGCGAGUCCAGCCGCCACGGCCUCUGCGCCAGCAACCGUUGCUGCCUCACCGCUCACGUCGCCGCAGUCUGCAGCAGCAACGGCGUCGUGCUCUUCGUCGUCGUCGGUGCUUGCGUCGCCAACCGUCUCCACCAGCACGGUCACGCCAACCAAGGGCAGCCAUGGCCGCGGCAAUGUCGACAAUGGUGAUGGCGAUGGUGAUGUGACGGCGUCUCCAGCUGCCCUGCGCCGCCUGGUCGAGUCUGCAUAUCGCCUCCCUCUCCGCCUCCGCAUGCACUGGCUCGCGGUACCUGACAGCGUGUUGCGAGAGGCAAGCAUCCCCGCUGCCCAGCUCGUCACAGCUCUUUCCCACAACUCGUUUGCCCUCGCAAAGGCAAUCUGCACAGUUGACGGGUUCCUGACGCACCAGACGGCCAAGUGGCUGCUGACGCUGCUGGAGAGUGCGGGUGUGGCGCGCCCCUUUCUCACGUCCGUCAUCAAGGACGACAUCAACAACGAACGCGCUGCGCCGAUGGUGUUUCGACGCAACACGACGGCCACGCGUCUCGUCUCUGCAUAUUUCCGCCUCAUUGGACACGACUUUCUCUGCGCCGUUCUCGCUGCGCCCGUGCAGAACGCGUGCAACUCUGAUCCAAUUGAGCAGGUGAAUGUGCGGCAAACGGGGGACACGGCCACCGCCAGCAAUCGCAGCAGUGGCGGCGGCGUUAGUGGCGGCAAUGGCGCGAUGACGCCAGACCGGCGCCUGGUCAUGCUCGUUGGCGUGUGUCAGGACGUGUGCGAUCUCCUCACACACAACACCGCCCGCUUUCCGCUCAGCCUCGCCCUCCUCACAAAGGACCUCUUUGACUUGAUGGAGGCCCGGUUUCCUGGCCACGGCAUUGUUGUCAUCCGCUCCUUUGUCUUCCUGCGCCUGCUUUGCCCGGCCCUCAUCAAUCCAGAGGCAUUCAACCUCCUCGACAGCAAGCCCGAUCCUGUGCACCACCAGACGCUUCUCAUGAUGGCCAAGCUCAUCCAGUCCCUCGCAAACUUCACAGGCGCGGCGAGCGAGGUGCCGCUGCCCUCAGCCAUCGACUCGCCGGUUGUCCGCCAAUUUAUCGACUGGAACAGAGCCGGCAUGGCUGAUUUGGUGCAGCAGCUGCUGGCGCGGGCGAUGGCAACACAGGACGGCGAUGUUCCCGCGUCGUGCCAGCGCCUGGCCGACCUCACUGCACCGGCCCUCUGGUUCUGCCCUUCGUGCAACCACGUCAACAGGAGCGACCGCUCAGACUGCCGCGAGUGCGGCGCACAUGCACACCGCCGCGCCUCCAACGAACAUACACGAUCACAUGCACACGCACACGGUCACGGUCACGGUCACGAUCCUGCGGCACCGGCGCACAUGCACACGCCGGGACACGGGCCACAGCUGAACCUGCUUGACCGGUGUGCCAUCAACCUUGCGCACUUGCUGGAGACAAAGUUGGCGGACAUUGUCAAGAAUCCAGACACCCUUGAGCCCUGCACCGUCAGCCUCGAAUGCAACGCAAAGGAGCUGUUCUUAGAGGCCUCGAUGGCGUCACUCGGGUCUGCCAGCGUCUCCCUGGGCGCCAACGCCGACACCGGCCGUGCUAGUGACGGAAGUGUUGGCAGCGGUGGUGUUGGUGGUGCCGUUGCGUCGUCACACCGGGAGUUUGACGAGCUGGUGCUGACAGAUGACGCCAUUCACCUUCACCGCGCCCUCGACCUUGCACUCACCAACGAGAAGCUUGCGCACGCGAGCGUGGUGAUGGUUGUGUCGCGCGGCAUUGGGCUGCGCUUUCUCGUGUCCCGCCUCGCCUCGCUCCUCGACGCCCUCUCCACCAAGACGGCCAGCGCGUGCAAGGCGUUUCUUGCGCGCUGGUGCGACCCGGCUGCGUCCAUUGCCGAUGUGCCGGAAGCGCUGUGUCUGGAGCACUGCGCCGCCGCGUACUCGCGCAUCACCAUCCCGAGCACGGCGCGACAGAUGGUUGCUGCGCUCCUGGGCAACGCCGCCAGCCACCUGCGCAGCGUGGAGGGCCGCCGCCCGUCUGUGGAGGUGGUUGCCUCGCUUGUCGCCACCUUCAUCAAGGGCCUCAUGUCGGAGAAGCCCGGGGCGGUGCUGCAGCAGUGGUCGCCGGGGCUUGUUCGCCUCGCCCUCAUCUCCACCGCAGCCUUUGAGCAGCGCGACCAGCAGUGGGCCGUGCUGUUCAUGCAGGGGCUGCUUGCCCGCUGCCUCCUCACCGCGCUCGUCUCCCCGCGCCGCUUUGGCGUCUUUGACCGCAAUGUUCCGCUCGACUUUCGCCGCGGGCUGCACACGACGGCGUGCACGGCGCUUGAGCCACGCCUUCUUCUUGCCUGGCUCUCCUCCUGCCGCUUUGUUGCCCAGCGCGGCUGGUUUGUCGCCGCGCACGAGUACCACACGUUCCACGCCAUGUGUGGGUGGCGCGGCGUGCUUGGCGUGUCCCGCAGCCGCUGCAGGCGCGUCCUGCUCGCGCGGUUCAAGGACAUUUUCCUGCGCCCCACGAGCGGCGAGUCUGAGGAGAGCAGCGGCGACGACAAGGACGCGCCCACACCGCCACCGCCACCCCAGUCGUCAUCAGCUGCAACAACAACAACACCAACAGCAACAACAACAACCACCACAACCACAGGUCACAGUGGCAGCGGUGAGCAGCACGAUGUGGUGUUGCCGUCUGCAUCGUCAUCCAACAUUGGCGGUGUGAAGACUGCAACCUCAUCGCGAGCGGAGACAUCGCCGGCCGCCAGCCCCGAGGCAAACAACAUCACCACCAUGAUCAGCAGCACCAGCAGCACCAACAAGGUGGGCAGUCCCCGGCGCCGUGCUGUCUCGCACGCAUCGGCGGCCGUGUCCAAGCAGACGGCCACGCCUGAGCAAGAAUUGCAGCAGACGAAGCGCAUACGGCGGCGGCGACGGCGGCGGCGGCGCUCACGGCCACAGCAGCGCCACAAGGUGCUGGUGGAGUCACACACGUUCCGCCUCAUUGAUCCGCUGGUCAUCGCCAUCUACGCUGUGACGCAACUGCACUCGCGCAUUGCGUCACCGCUCAUGUCGCCCAACACGCACUCCAACGACUACCUUGAGCUCGACCUGUGGGCGACGUCGCGGUCGAAGACGGCGUCGGUGGCCACGACAACUGCUGCGCCGACGCCGCGGCCUGCCUCCGUCUCAGCGCCCGUGUCGCCCCUUGCGACGAAAGCACCGGCCCCACCGACCCCAAAGCCGUCGACGCCGCCGCUGCCCGUGAUGACGACGAAGCGCACGGCCAUGACGCCGCCUGCAGCGGAGGAGAGCCGUGUUGGACAGCUGCUGCCUGUCCCAGAGCACGCACCCUUUGGCGACGACAACGCACACAGCGAUGGUGAUGAUGAUGCUGAUGUUGAUGAUGCUGGUGCAGAAGAUGGAGGUGAUGAAGGUGAUGCUGGUGAUGACGCACCGCGGGGGCAUCCGCAUGCCGGCGAUGAUGGCGCGACCACGACGUUGGCGACUUCUGCGAUGGCGAGCGGCGCUGCCUUUGAGGACGAGGGCCGCGGACUGGAUGCAGACGACACUGGCGAUGCGGACAGCGCAGUGACGUGCGAUCACGAUGGCAGUGUCAAUGCCGACGGCGAUGGUGCUGGUGCUGGUGAUGAAGACGACGGUGGCGGCGAUGAGGCGGUGGACGGAAAGUAGUGAAGCAGCACCACCACGAUGUUUUGUGUGGUUCGAUGAGGAGUUGUGCUGAGCUGGCGUGUUGGGAGUUAUGGGUUUUGCGUUUAGCUGAGCUGAGUUGGGCUUGAGAUGGUUGAGGCGGCGGUCGUGUGCCGCUGAUAGUUUGGUGCAACCGGCCUUGAUUUUGUUCAGGGGUAGUGUGAAGAGCAGCCGCCGUUCUGGUAUCGAGCGGCUGGUGCAGCGCCACAUCCGAUGACGCGCGUGUUGAGCACGCGUGCUGACGACUGGCAGGCAAAUUUGGGGGGGGGGGGGGUGGCGGUAAUGAUGUGGUGCUUGCUGGUGUGGGUGGGUGGUGAAGCU